UCGAUUCCUGGAGAUGUUCUUCGGGCAGGCCGUGAGGACCUUUGUUGUCAGUUAGCUGAGUUAAACUCUGAAUUUAUGUCUUUAUUUCUUGAGCAGCAUAACGGGGAUCCUAUGGUUGUACCUUCAGCAUCAAUAGCAAAGGCUUUGCGUGAAAUUACACUGUCAAACCGCGGAGCUUCUAUCGGUUGCGGAAGCGCUCUCCGAUGCCCCGCAUCAGUGCAACCAGUGUUGGACUACACCGUACAGUUUUUACCUUCACCAAUGGAAAGGAAUGUAUCUUUGACAAAGUUCUUUGGUGAUGAACUCUGUGGGCUGGUCUUUAAGUGUAGUAUCAUAUUUCGGAUUGGACAUGACAAACGCAAAGGAAAACUUAGCUACAUACGAGUGUAUACUGGAACAUUAACUAGCAAUUCUGUACUUUUCAAUUCUAGCCGAGGAAUAAGCGAAGGACCAAUAAAGCUUUUCUUGGCUCAAAGCAGCGAGCUCAUACCAGUUACAAGUGUUACCCAGGGUAACAUUGCUGUAGUAACCGGACUCUCUAGCGCAUUGACUGGUGACACCCUUCUAGCAAGUGAAGCAGUGGGACAUCAUGCUGCCCAUGCGAGGCAUGAAUUGAAAAAUCUCGAGAAGAUGCAACAUGAUACACAUCGUAAGGAAGCGCACAACAUUGUAGCUACUGAGACGAAUGGGGAUCCUCUUGACAUAGAAAUUGUUGGCGAUGGACAGAAUGUAGCGCUCAAAGGUACUGUUCGCUUUAUCACAUGGCUGAUAAAAUGA